AUGGGGCCGCUAGUCAUGACCAAUAUGGCUGUGGCUAGCGUCGCAAGAGCGAUCGCGGCGAUGGGGCUGGAGGUGGCGCCCCACAAAACGGAAGCAAUAUUCCUGUAUAAGAGAAGACGUGGGGUGCCGCCUCCGGCAUUCGUGCGGAUAGGGUUGGAUAGGAUGAUGAACGCGCUGUGUCGUCUCUUGCCCAAUCUCGGUGGUCCGGGCGCCGCUGUGCGGCGCCUAUAUGUGAACACCGUCCUGUCGGUGCUUCUGUAUGGGGCACCGGUUUGGGCGAUCGCAAUGGCGGCCAGCCGCUACAUAAGGGCGAUGGCAAACGCGGUUCAGCGCCGUAUGGCCGCCAGGGUCGCCCAUGCAUAUAGGACGGUGUCACACGCGGCGGUCACGGUCCUCGCUGAGGUCCCUCCUGUGGAUCUCAUGGCCCUGAAGCGCGCUGAAGAUGUGACCAUGGAACAGGAAGAAGACUCGAGUAAACCUCGAAUUGUUAGCAACGAGGAGGUUUUGGUGAGAAUAGAACGGCUUUUUCCUAUUACGCCGACAUCCUCACAAAGGAGGAUUCCGGGGGAUGACGUUAGUAUGUCUCCAACUAUCGGAGUAUGUCAGAGGCGAGUUUGA